UUUAAAAUAUUUCUCGUGAUCCAGCCAUGGAUGACUGCCCGCGCCUCGUCUCGUAUUUCUGCGCGGAGCUCCGGGGAUUUUGCUCGCGUCUGGAGACGCAAUGCACAAGCCUGCACACCAGCAUUGGCCGAGUAACAGCGCUGGAAGAAUCUGGAGCCGCUGCUAGGUUUGUGGAUCAGCUCAACGACAGGGUUCUAUCGGUGACUGCUCGACUAGAAACUCUCAAGGCAGUGACAAUGGGCACUAUUUCUUUCCACGAGCUACUCGGCCAUUGCAACGAGGUGUACAAGAAAAACGAGGACACCAAUCGCCUGCUAGAGAUGGAGCUUGAACGGCAUGGCUACAAGCAAUCGCAAGAGGCUGUCACAGAAGUAACUGUUCAAGGUGAUGACUUCUCUCUUGCGGAAGAAAGCUACGAAGCCAAAGCCAGGCAAGAUAUCAAGGAGGCUUAUCUAGAGGUCCAAAGAGAAGGAGUGUCUGCCACGCUUGACAAAAGGCGUGAUCACACUGGUUCUUCGUAUCUGGAGUCCCUUAGCUUGAAGGAUCUCGGUUUAUCAGCGUCCAGUCUUGCUGCUCUCUCCGUCCCUGACGCAGAUACUGCUCACAUUGUUGACUCGGAUUCGGCUGUACACCACUUAGUAACAGAACCAUCUAAAGAACAAGUCUCUCGAAACAGUUCUUCUAGGAGCCUACGAGAGCUUGAGCUCGGCUCUGCCGAUGAUCUUGUCGAUAAGCGGCCGCUUAACUGUAACGGGUCGAGUACUGGCCUUCUGGAGCCUGUGGCCUCUGAAGAAUUUAACGCUGCGCCAUCGUGGCUCAAGUGGCAGGUCUCCAUAGAGCUACUCAAUGAGUUUGUUUCUAAGCUGAACAAUCUGUUCUCCCUAAAGACUGACAGCCUAUGUGGGAAGCCCACAGAUGACGUAAAAGCGCUGAAACCAGAUGAUCUGUUGUCUCUGGCGUACGAACCGCAAAUCCAGAAGGCAUGCCUCCUGAUACUCGUGAAGCUUCAAAAACUGGAGACGGGCUUCCACGAUGGCGUGACUACGUAUUCGGUGCGCAAACGCGUGACGAAGGUUUGAAGUGGUUCUUCUGUCGUACCAGUACGGUUAUUGCCUUGAGCGCGCCAAGAAGAAUUGACAUAUACAUUAGCUUUACAGUUAUAUGCCC